CAUGUGUUUUGUCUCCGUAGCCAUGGAGUUUCAUGAAAAACUGCAAAGCCUGGCAACGAAGGAGGGGCUGAAAGGUUGCAAGGUCAGCCGAGCGCUGGAGAGUUUCAGCUGGAACAUCACCAUCCUUAAGGGCCAGGCCGACCUGCUGAAACACGCCAAGGCAGAAGUCCAGGAGAACAUGAAGCAGGUACACGAUGCUGCACUGACUGGAAACCUCUCCAAGGAGGGUGUAGGAUUGAGAAGAGUCCGCUCCCAAACACGACGAGGCCCGGAUGACAAACCCACCGUGAGUGCUAGAGGUCCCUCUGCGUAACGAGAACACGACCUAGCAAAUGGGAGAGGACACAGGAGAUGAUGAAUGUAAAAGUCAAUGCAGCCACCUGUCGCUGAACACUGUAGAGCUGCAGAAGUCAAUGCACUGCUGGGAGGAGAUGUAAGAAAUGUGAUGUCAGGAAGAUGAAUGUAGUCAGAUUUGAAGCCAAGGUUCAGCUGUUUGUACUGUAUUAAACUGUAAAUACACCAAAAUGUUCAUUUCCUAUGUGCAAUGUUUUGAGGUGUGUCAUGAAGAGGAAGGAAAAACUGCAAUUUUUCAAGCUAAAUCUCAGCCAAAACCUUUUGGACGAUUGCCAUCUUAACAUGCUGGUGGCUUUUACUUCACAACAAUUGCUAAAUUAGAGUGGGUUCCAGGACUUUUUGUCUCCGAAUUAAAAGAAACACACCUUGUCAAUCAAUCUAUGGAUGUUUAAGGUCUUCUACCAUUAUUUCGUGGACCAGUGCAGCCUCUAUGUCUCUCGCCGGCUUAUUUCUAUUAAGCAUCUUCUGGUCCCGGAUUGCUGCUCUGCAUCCAGUCAACGUGAGGUCCUUUGUCUUGCUACAAAAUCCUCCACUUCACCCUUUAAAUAUUGUCUUACAAACAGUAUUCUAUAUUUUUGUAUUUUCCUGAAACCCCUGUGCUAAUUCAGCCACUCUAACCUGCCAUAGAAAUCAACUCCACAAGUGUAAACGUCUGCCUCUAGGGAACUUACACUGUUACGUUGAAAGUGCUUACUCCGUGUGCAAAACACUGUACAGUAUUUUAAUAUAUAAUUCUAUCCUUUUGCUGUAAGGAGUAUUUUACAUAAGUUAUUGAUGCUGAGUGAAAACAUUCCAGGUACAUAAUACUGGUGCAGUAGAUGAUGCUUGAGCAGCUGUGUAGAAGGUUCCUCAACAGUCAGGAUGGAAAUAAACUAGUUUUUAAAUGAC